AAAAUUAGCGCUAUAUCAAGUAUCUAUAGUCGUCUAAAUGUUGAAUGGUGAUGAUGAUUUUGAGAGAUUACUUGAGAUUGAUGAUGAGUUGAGAUUCGAGGCAAUUCAGCCAUCUGUUGUUGAUCUCGAUACAGAUGAAGACAGUCAAAAAAGUAACCAUAAAAGAAAAUCCCCUCCUGACUUGGACCAAAUUAAUCCACCUAAAAUAUUAAAGACGGUUAACGCUGAGUACAUAAAGGACAGCUCACAAGAUAAUGUACCAUCCUGUAGUUACUCUCAUUCGAGUAGUCACCUACUUAAAAGAAUUCCACUGGAUGGUGAUUAUGUUUCGGUUACAUUUAGUAAUGGUGAAAGGUUUUAUUUAACGAUGGAAGAGUCUGACAGCGGAGAUCUCUUUCAUAAGAUGAAUAAUUCAUUUCACAAAUAUGAGUCCUCAGGCUUGAUACAUGAAGCUGAAAAAAUUGUGAAAAAUCAUAAGUCAAAAUUGAUCAGUACACUAAUUGAAGAAAAAGAAUGUGGAUUGAAUUUCAAACAUUUAUGGACUACAAAAUACUCACCGUCAUCAUACUUAGAUCUGAUAUCUGACGAGACCACCAAUCGAACUCUUUUGAGAUGGUUAAAGGCGUGGGAUCACUACGUGUUCGGUACACCAACAACUAAACCCCAGAUAAAUUCUCAUGUAAAUUCAGGACCAUUUACAAACAAACCAGACGAUCUUGAGUCAAUGGCUGGAGAGAUUAAUCCUCGUGAUGGUCUACCGCGAUAUAGAUUGGUACUGCUUGCUGGACCUCCUGGUUUAGGAAAAACAACUCUUGCUCACUUAUUGGCUGAACACGCUGGCUACGAAGUAGUUGAAAUAAAUGCGAGUGAUGAUCGUAGUGUCAGUGUCCUUCGUGAUCGUCUAACAGCUAUUGUUUCCAGCUCAACUAGUUUGAAUACAUCAAAAAGUACAAAUUUCAAUCAACAAAAUUAUCUUAAACCAUGUUGUUUAAUUAUGGAUGAAAUAGAUGGAGCCAUGCCGGCAGCAGUUGAAAUUUUAGCCUCAGCUGCCAAAAAUACUUUACCUACUACUUCUGAAAGACAAUUGCGAAGCAAGAAAGCCAAUCCGCCUUUAGUUUUACGUCGUCCUGUUAUCUGUAUUUGUAAUGAUUUAUAUUCUCCAUCUGUUCGAGCAUUAAGAGCUCCUGGAGUCCCCUGCUUGACAUUGCGUAUACCCAAUGUUGACUUAGGAUGCCUUAUUUCUCGAUUGGAUAUUAUAACUAAGACAGAAGGUCUCUCUGUUGACAAAAUGACUCUAACACAUUUGGUCGAGAUGUCUGACCGAGAUAUUCGUUCAUGUUUGAAUACACUACAGUUUUUGAAUUCAGUGAAAUCAUCACUAGAUGGUGACAGCGAUAAGUUCAAUGCCCUAUCAGUGGAAGACAUUCUAUCUCUUUCUCACUUUCAAAAUGGCUUGAAAGAUACUCAGAAAAGUUUAUUUGAUGUAUGGAGAGCAGUGUUCACUAUUCCAUCACAACGUUUACUUUCAAGUCGUAGACUGAAUAACUAUAAUAAUAAUAGUGAAGGCGUAAAAUGUAAAAAUAGCAAUCACAAUACUAUAUCAGCUAGACUAGAUUAUGUAUUAAGUAUCUCAGAUACUGCUGCUGAUCAUCAACAAAUAACUAUGGGUAUUUUUGAAAAUUAUCUGUAUGGUCGUCUUAAGGAUGCAACAUUACGUGUGGCUUGUCAAGCAUCUGAUUGGUUUGUGUUUGAUGAUAUACUUAACACUUAUGCUCAAACCAAAUCGAAUUAUAUGCUCUUACGAUAUGCAGGAUGGUUGCCUUGUUGGUUCCAUUUGGCUCUAGCCACUCCAUCGGGUCUGAUCAACAGUUCUAUGUCAACAGGAGGUACAAAGUUUAUGGGUGGUUUACGUUGGCCUUCUACGCCAAUUGAAGCUGCAGCAACGCGUUCACGUUAUGUUGCAAUAUUGGAUCAAUUACACCUUAACCAAUGGAAUAUACCUCGCAGUAUAUCUGAUAAUUCUUUAACACCAAUCAAUAGUUUCAAUAGUUUUCGAUUUUUACCACGUCGACAUUUUCUAUUAGAUAUGGCGUCUAUCCUUAUUACUCUUUUGGCAUUACUUGCAUCGGGUUUACGCCCUUUAAGUGCACAAUUGUAUAGUCAACAAGAAAAGUUAGCUCUUAACAAAUUAGUAAAUUUGAUGAUAAAUCUUGGCCUGAAUUGGAAAGUGGAACAAGAUCCAGAUAGCAAUGAAAUUCAAUAUCAGCUUGAGCCGGCUUUGGAUGUUGUUGCUUGUUUUACAAAGACAAAUGGUCUAAAACUGCUUGGAUAUGCUACUAAACAACUUAUUUCACGCGAAAUGGAAUUUGAAAUAGUUCGACGUUCUCAAUCACUUAUCAGUCGCAAUACCAACAAGCUACCCACCAACAAUAUUAAUGAUCUCCUUUGUAAAAUUAAUCCCAAACCAGAGGUGAAAAGUAACGUGGAUACAAAUUCAAAUAUUGCAAAGUUAACUGUUACAAAAAGUUGUAAGGUGAAGAAAGACUUUUUUGGACGUCUUAUCAGCGAGAAAUUAUCAAGUAAUAAUAUUAAUAAUAAAGAAGGGGCUGCUGAAGAUCGAACAGGUAAAAAAGCAUCUGUCAUUAGUGCAGAAGUUUAUUACCGCUUCAAGGAGGGCUAUUCGAAUGCUGUCCGUCGUCCUGUCCUUAUGAAGGAAUUCGUGUAAAUAAUCUUCAGAUCUUUUCUUAUUCUUUUGUGAU